AGGAACGAAAAAAAACAAAAAACAUAAUGUCGGAGUUUUAGUCCAGUCGUCCUUAUUCAGGCCUAAGCAAUCGUUCCCGAAUGAAUCGAUUUGAAGAGGAGUAGGCUGGGAAAGAUGGCAUCUUCUGAACAAUCUGAUCCGCAAACACAGCCUCGUGCUCCGUCCAGAGAUGAAGUUGCCCCCAGAGAAGCACUGAUAGCCACAGCUGUGAAAUUUUUACAGAACCAUAAAGUGCGUCAAAGUCCACUGGAAACCAGAAAAGUUUUCCUGAAGAAAAAAGGUUUGAAUGAUAAGGAGAUUGAGCUUGCCAUCCAGCGCUCAGGCAGUACUGACGAGCCCCUGGCCCUUACCCCUGUGGGACCCCAGUACCCUCUCCUUGCCCCCCAGCUGGCACCUAUACCCUACAGUCCCCGUGGCUACAGAUGGAGAGACUACGGUGCCCUCACUGUCAUCAUGAUGGGCAUGGCCUUUGGCUUCCAUCACCUCUACAAGAAAUACAUCCUUCCCCUCAUUAUGGGCAGCAAAGAGGACAAGAAGCAUCUGCAGAGAAUCGAGAGCAACAUCGCCGAGAUGAGUGGCACGCUGACACAGACAGUGACCCAGCUCCAGCAGACCCUGGCUACAGUACAGGACCUCCUGGUCCAGCAGCAGCAGAAAAUGCAUGACCUGUCUCAGGAGUUAUCUACCUCUGAGGCAUCCUCUUCAACCAACCGCAUCCUGGAUACCCAGACCAUCGGCGAUCUGAAAGCUGAAAUAGGGUCAUUGAAGGGCUUGCUUCUCGGCAGGAGGCAGUUCCCCGCAUCACCAUCCGUCCCAAAGAUUCCCUCCUGGCAGAUGCCCCUGAAGCCGGCCACCAUCUCCACCAGCUCUCCUUCCAUCAACCACACCAACAGCAGCAGCGACAUCUCCCCCGUCAGCAACGAGUCGGCUUCCUCCUCCCCCAUCAAAGAUGGCCGCCACAGCCCCCAAGACGCCCUGGGAGGUCCUGACGGAGCCCACGGCCUCAACGGAGAGAAUGGCAUGGGGCUGGGAGGAGGAGCCACACUGCCCCCCCUGGACCUUAAGGAUCAGGUCCGCAUGGAGGUGCAGGGUGAGGAGGAGAAGAAAGAGGAGGAUGUGAAGGAAGAAGAGGAAGAGGAAGAUGACGUGAGCCAUGUGGAGGAGGAGGAGCAUCUGAGCGUGCCAGCGGAGGAUCGUCGAGGGGGGGACGGACAGAUCAACGAACAGGUGGACAAGCUGAGGAGGCCCGAGGGGGCCAGCAACGAGAGCGAGGUGGAUUAGACCAGACCGUGAGCACAAAGCACAACAAAACCCCUUUUUCCUUAUGGUUCUCAUUUCAUUUGAAGGUCCUGUUUCAGUCUGGUCCCAUUUGACCAUCCUUUCUGUAACUGUACUGUUUUGCCUCUGUUAUAUAGUGAACAAUCUCAAUUAUGAGCGAAGGUUUGAGAAACAUAGCAACAAAAAAAAGGUUAAUGUUGGUGUGUCUGGCCCUUGUAAGCACCUGGCUUACAUCAAUUUACUUUUCAUCAUUCAAACAAAACGAUUGCAUGCCUGGGAAAGUAAUGUGAAGUUUCAGCAGGAUGGGGGAGAUAAGAGCAAUAUUCAAUACAAAUUACUAUCAAAAAUUAUUUGCAAUCCUGCUUUCUCUUAUUCCUUGUGUAGCACUUAGUACUGUCAAUUUUCAUGACUGACAAUAAUCACCUGGUGUAGUGAGCUUGGUUUCCAAUGUAUCUGAGCUCAUUUGAAGAAUCAUUUGAGGGUGUGUCCCAAAUGGCACCCUAUUCCCUAUGUUUUGACAUGGGUCUGUAGAACUUUGGUCAAAAGUAUUGCACUAUAUAGGGAAUAGGUUGCCAUUUGGUACUCAGCCUGAGUAACCUGUUCUGGACACCAAAGAAAUUGUAUGCUCCCCUAUAUUCUUCAGUUCUAUGUAAGGAGUCAGACGGCUUGUCCCCCUGUACUCGUCUCAAAGUCAUCCCAGAGAUCACUGAAAAUAUUACUGGGACUGCGUCUGAAACAGAACCCUAUUCCCUAUCCGAUUCACUACUUUUGACCAAUAGUAAGGCACUCCAUAGGGAAUAGGGUGCCAUUUCAGACGCAGUCUGUCAACAGAGCCGAGGGAGAGGACAAGCAGCGUUAGGCUAGGGCAGCGUUAGGCUAGGGCAACGUUUAGGAUCUUUCAUGUGUCCCCUCACAUUGGUGUCAGUCUGUCAAUAAUUCAGAAAGGCCAGGAGGUGGCAUUUGGGCUGAAAUAAAAGCCUUGAAAUUUGAGAUUAGAACACGAUGACGGGUUUUGUUCCACGAGCGUUCAAGAGCGCUGAAAGGAAGGGAAGAUAAAUGUGUUUUUUUACCUCUUUCUAAAGGGGCUGCCUCGUGCAUUCUGUCACUCUGUAUGUGGUGAGAGAGAUCCCAGCCUGCCUCUUCAGCUGCAUCUCAGUCUCCAGCAGGGCUAGCUGAAUUGGUUUAUGAAGUAUGUUAAUAAUCAAAUGAUCAACAAAUAACAGAUGUAUUAGUUCAUGCAGCUUGAAAUGUCAAGGAGGCUAAAAGCGGAAAUCUAAUCGUGAAAGCCCUGUUGUAUUAUAUUUUAUUUCAUGACAAACCCUCCGGUCCAAAUUAUAUAGGCCUCCUACAGUGAGUAAUCUUUUACGCUAAAACAGCGCCAAUAUUUUGUAAUUAAACCGUAUAAAACAAUGGAUGUCACCAUGGAUGUUGUGGCAGGUGGGAAUCUAGGUCUGAAGGCAGAGGUGGGGGCGGGAGGGGGAACUGAAAGUAAUGUAUGAAUACCUACCUUAUUAAAUUACUCACUCGCCAGCUGAUGAGAUAGAGAAAAAAGGUCCACGAGUGAAAAUGAGGGUAUCAGCUCUCUUGUGGUAUUUUAACUUGCAUCAAAGGGCCUUCAAAGUAACACAAUAACGGUAGAGGUAGGUGAACCUUUCUAAGUGGCAGCAGUCAUAGUCCGCAAACGCUGUGUCUAUUAGAAUAGAAGUAACAGGGUAGUAAAGAAUCUGAAGUAUGAUACUGUCAUGAGAGAUUCUUUUGUUUGCAAUUGUAUUGGACAUGAUCUGACAUUCUGAUCUAUGAAUUUGUCUGCGAAUGAAGACCACUGAUUGAUAAUGUGGGCAGAAUUGCUAAAAUGAGAGGUCCCCAAGUGUCACUCAUGCCUUUUAAACUACUGCAGUUUCACUGACUGGUCCUCUAUGUAUAAAAUGUACCCAGCUUAUAAUUGUGACUGUAUGAGCUUCUGAUAUCAAACAGAAAUGUAUAUUAUUGUAAUAAAUUUGGUUUAUCUCAAGUUACUUUAA